AUGUAUCAAUAUUGCUGGUUCCAGAGGACACUCAAGUUAUUACCAGAGUUUCCAACUCUUUGUCCUAGCCUGUUACAUAACUUGGCUCGUCCAGGCUCAGAACACUUUCGUCCGACUGGUGUUGCUGCAUUAUCAUAUGCUGUUGAUAACAAAUUUGUUCCCAGUUGUGGAGAUGUGAGCACUCACGAACUGCAGAAGUUACAAGAUUUUAUAAACUCACACAACAAAUUAUUUGUUUUGACUGGUGCUGGUAUUUCGACAGAAAGUGGCAUCCCCGACUAUAGAUCUGAAGGGGUUGGGCUGUAUGCAACAAGCACAAACAGACCCGUUAUCUAUGCUGAUUUUUUGAAGAACCCUUCUGUGAGGCAACGCUACUGGGCCAGGAAUUUUGUUGGGUGGCCAAAAUUUUCAGCGACCCAGCCAAACAGGUCACAUUACAUUCUCAGCGACUGGGAGAGGAAAGGUCGAAUCCACUGGUUGGUCACUCAGAACGUUGAUGCGUUACACUACAAGGCAGGGUCACAGAAUGUCACGGAGCUCCAUGGAAGCGGCCAUCGUGUCCAUUGCUUGUCUUGUUCAUUUCAAGUGUCCAGAAAUGAGGUGCAGGCCAUGAUACAUGAACUCAACCCCGGCUGGUCCGUGGAGGCUGUUAGUAUUGGGCCUGAUGGGGAUGUUGAUAUCAGAGCUGAUCUCAUUAAAGACUUUCAGGUUCCAAAAUGUCCUUCGUGUGGUGGAGAUGUGAAACCUGAAAUCACAUUUUUCGGAGACAAUGUCCCAAAGAGCAUGGUGCACUUGGUUCUGGGAAAGAUGUUCGAAUCUGACGCUGUUUUAGUUGUGGGGUCUUCUUUGGAGGUCUACUCAGGCUAUCGGUUUAUAAGCAGAGCAAGCAGCCACGGCAUGAAGAUUGCCAUCGUGAACAUUGGCCCGACUCGAGGACAUAAACAUGCAGACGUCAAAAUCAGUGGACGAUGUGGGGAUGUUUUACAGAGAAUUCACAUUGAUGUUAAUGGUGUUAAUGAUGUUGAGUGCAGAUAA